AUGAAAAGAAAAGCUACACUAAAACGAAAAGGAAUAUUUACUCUUAAUAUUCUACCAAUCGCAGUAAGGAAUCAUGAAGAAUACAUGAAUGAUUUAAAAAUGCAAGCCAUUCGUUUGUAAAUAUAAAAAAUUGUUCAUUUUGAUCCAAUGCUUAAAUCACUUCUAAACUCUAAACCAAAUCAUAAGAAUUAUACACGUUCACUUUUCAAGAAUUAAUUGAAUCGAUCAUACAUAGAACAAAAACAAUAGGAAAUUGAAUCGCAAUAAAGAGCUAAAAGUACAGAAGGUUCUAUAUUUGGAGAUACAAGUAUAAAAUAUAAACGAUUGAUAUCACGGGGAACAAUUUAAAUUAAAAUGCAUAAAUUAACAAUAAAAAGAAGAUUUAGAAAACUUGUAUUGGCUGUGUGCUUAUUACUUACAUACUUUCGAUACAAUCCAAUUAGAAGAAAAAUGUAGAGACUAUCAAGACCUCGCAUUUCCAUAUUUCGCAGUAGAAAUAUACUUGAUAGAUUACCAUAACUAUUAUAAAUAGAAAAAGCUAACACAGUCAAUGAAAGUUAGACUUCAAAAGAACCACCUUGUUAAUUGAAAAAAAAACAUUCAUCUAUGGGAAGUUUUGAUGCAUUCAUGAAGAGACCUAUCUAACAAUUUAUUGUUAGACAAAAUACUGAUUAAUUCUCAUAAAAAAGAAUAUGCAGAACCGAACAUUCUUAGGUUUAAAGCAUGUAUAAUUUUUUUAAGAAACAAAGAAAAACAAUGUUAUUUUUAAAAUCAUCCUCAAUUAAAUUAAUAUCUUUGAACUAAUGA